GGAACAUGGCUGUACUUUGAAAAUGAAGACGGAUUUCAAGUUCUCCAACCUCCUCGGAACUGUCUACAGCAGGGGCAAUCUGGUCUUCAGCCCAGAUGGGACCGACCUCUUCUCGCCCGUGGGCAACCGAGUGACGGUUUUCAACCUUGUUGACAACAAGUCCUACACACUUCCCUUUGCCCACCGAAAGAACAUCGCGAGAAUAGGGCUCACGCCUCAGGGCAAUUUGCUCCUUACAAUCGACGAAGAUGGCCAGGCCAUAUUGACCAACAUUGCCCGGCGUAUCGCGAUAUACAACUUCUCUUUCAAAGGUUCUCCCACAGCCCUUGCGUUUUCGCCCUCCGGUCGUUACUUCGCCGUUGGCCUCGGUCGCAAACUCGAAGUAUGGCACGUGCCGUCCACCCCCGACGCGCAUCCCGACGGCGAGCUGGAGUUCGCGCCCUUUGUCAAGCACCACACACAUACCGGUCACUUCGACGAGGUUCGGCAUAUUGAAUGGUCCAGCGACUCAAGAUUCUUCCUCAGCGCCUCGAAAGAUUUGACGGCAAGGGUGUGGAGCUUGGACCAGGAGGAAGGCUUCAUACCAACAGUCCUGUCAGGCCACAGGCAGGCUGUCGUAGGCGCCUAUUUCUCAAAAGACCAAGAAACAAUAUAUACCAUCAGCAAGGACGGUGCCGUCUUCGACUGGAAGUAUGUUGCCCCAAAACGCGACGACGACGAGAUGGACGACGCGGACGAGGAGAAGGAUAUGCGAUGGCGGAUCGUUAACAAGCACUACUUCAUGCAAAAUAACGCCUCUCUCAAGUGCGCCGCAUAUCACGCCGAUUCAAAUCUGCUCGUCGCGGGCUUCUCAAAUGGCAUAUUCGGUCUGUACGAGAUGCCCGACUUCAACAUGAUCCACACCCUGAGCAUAUCGCAAAACGACAUCGAUUUUGUCACGAUCAACAAGACAGGAGAGUGGUUGGCAUUUGGUGCUUCGAAACUGGGCCAGCUCCUUGUUUGGGAGUGGCAAUCGGAGUCCUACAUAUUAAAGCAGCAAGGCCACUUUGAUUCGAUGAACUCGCUCGUCUAUUCACCGGAUGGACAACGAAUAAUCACAACAGCAGAUGAUGGCAAAAUCAAGGUCUGGGAUAUCGAGUCCGGAUUCUGCAUUGUUACCUUUACAGAGCAUACCAGUGGCGUGACGGCGUGCGAGUUCACCAAAAAGGGCAACGUGCUCUUCACAUCUAGCUUGGACGGGUCGAUAAGAGCGUGGGAUCUCAUCAGGUACCGGAACUUCAGGACGUUUACAGCACCUACGAGGCUCUCAUGGUCAUGUAUGGCCGUGGACCCCAGCGGAGAGGUGGUCGCAGCCGGCUCUCUUGAUUCCUUCGAUAUUCACAUCUGGUCUGUCCAGACGGGUCAGCUCCUGGACCAGCUUGCAGGCCACGAAGGCCCUGUCUCGUCUCUUGCGUUCUCUCCAAAUGGCAACACUCUGGUCAGCGGCAGCUGGGACCGAACUGCAAGGAUAUGGUCCAUAUUCGACAGGACACAAACGAGUGAACCAUUGCAGUUGCAAGCUGAUGUUCUUGACAUUGCGAUCAGGCCGGACUCGACACAAUUCGCCGUCUCGACCCUGGACGGCCAGUUGACAUUCUGGAACAUGACAGAGGCGCUGCAGGUCGCAGGUCUUGAUGGCAGGAGGGAUGUCUCUGGUGGCCGGAAAAUCGGCGACCGGAGAACAGCCGCCAACGUGGCCGGCACAAAGGCCUACAACAGCAUCAAAUACAGCGCAGACGGCAGCUGUCUUCUCGCGGGUGGAAACAGCAAGUACAUCUGCCUGUACUCGGUCACGACAAUGGUGCUCCUCAAGAAGUUCACAGUCAGCGUCAACCUGUCGCUAUCAGGAACGCAGGAGUUCCUGAACAGCAAGCUCCUGACGGAAGCCGGCCCACAGGGCGAGCUCGACGACCAAGGGGAAGCCUCGGACCGGGAAGACCGCAUCGACAAGUCCCUCCCUGGUUCCAAGCGCGGAGACCCGUCCUCCAGGAAGAACAUGCCCGAGGUGCGGGUGUCGGGUGUCGCCUUUUCGCCCGCCGGCACGGCAUUCUGCGCAGCCUCGACGGAGGGCCUCCUGAUCUACAGCCUCGACAAUGUCCUCCAGUUCGACCCCUUCGACCUGAACAUGGAGAUCACGCCAGCAGCGACACUAGCAGUGUUGGAGGAUGAGAAGGACUACCUCAAGGCGCUGGUCAUGGCGUUCCGCCUCAACGAGGCCGGCCUGAUCAAGCGGGUGUUCCAGGCCAUCCCGCACCCGGACAUCGCGCUGGUGGUGGAGGAGCUGCCCGUGGUGUACGUGCCGAGGCUGCUCCGCUUCGUCGCCGCCGAGACGGAGCAGUCGCCGCACAUCGAGUUCUGCCUGCUCUGGAUCAAGGCGCUGGUGGACAAGCACGGCGCGUGGCUCACGGCCAACAGGGGCAAGGUCGACAUGGAGCUGCGGGUCGUGAACCGGGCGGUGACGAGGAUGAGGGACGAGAUCCGCAAGCUGGCCGACGAGAACGUCUACAUGGUGGACUACCUCCUGGGACAGGCCGAGACCAAGGCUGCCGCGGAGAAAGGGGAUGCGUUUGCUAGGUCGCUCAAUGGCGAGAACGGCACAGGCCUCCUGACUUCUGGUCAGGAGGGCGCAACUGUUGCUGACCUCAUGAGCGAGGGCGAGUCUGAGGAAGAGUGGAUUGGUGUAGAGUAGAGUAAAGUUGUGGCGUUACAGGAUAUAAAAAAGAGAAGCUAUGAAUACC